UCCAGUGACGGCUCAUUACGGGGGGUUUGGCUGAUGGAGCUGAUGGAGAGGAGGAGCCGUGGAGCUGCUGGACGCCUGCAGCUGCUGAUCCGACCGCAGUCAUGGAGAACGUCUUCAGAGGACUGAGCGCCGCCGCCUUCCUCAACACCUGGACGCAGUUCAGCCACGAUGACGGAUUCAUCGAGCGCAGGAAACUCGACGACUUUCUACUCCGCUUGAUGAAGACGCUGAAGAUUCGUGACGUGUCGGCGCAGCAGCUGCAGGCGCUCAGAGAGACGCUCGUGUCCCGCUGUGACGUCACAGGAGACGGACGCCUGCUGAUGGAGCAGGUGGCAGCUGCGCUUCUGCCGGAUCAGGAGAACUUCCUGCUUCUGUUCCGCCGGGAGACGCCGCUGGACAACAGCGUGGAGUUCAUGAGGAUCUGGCGCUGCUACGACACCGACAGCAGUGGAUACAUCUCUGCUGUGGAGCUGAAGAGUUUCCUGCGGGAUCUUUUCCAUCAGCACAACAAGCAGAUCACUACAGCCAGACUGGAGGAGUACACCGACACCAUGAUGAAGAUGUUUGACAAAAACCAGGACGGGCGUUUGGAUCUGAAUGAUUUGGCGAGGAUCCUGGCGCUGAAGGAGAACUUCCUGCUGAAGUUUGAGAUGGAGGCCUGUAGUCAUGAUGACCGACGGAGAGACUUUGAGAAGAUCUUCGCUCACUAUGACGUGAGUAACACGGGUGCUCUGGAGGGUGCGGAGGUCGAUGGUUUUGUCAAAGACAUGAUGGAGUUGGUGAAGCCCAAUCUCAGCGGCUCGGACCUGGACAAGUUCAAGCAGGUCCUGCUGGGUCAUUGUGACAUCAACAGAGACGGAAAGAUCCAGAAGAACGAGCUAGCGCUGUGUCUGGGGCUCAAACUCAAUCCCUGAACGAGCGACUGUGUGUGUGUGUGUGUGUGUGUGUGUGUGUGUGUGUGCUGACAGUAAUUAGUGGUCAGUCGUGUGUGUCUUUCAUUAGUGUGUCACUCCACUACAUCACUGUGUGUGUGUGUCGGGUGAUCAUUAAUCAGGCAGAUCAGUGAUUACUACUCAUUAAAGGUCAAACUCAAUCUCCUCCAUCAGCUCAUGAUCUCACACCGAUGGAUUACGGAUCAAAUCAAGACUUCUAUUUAAGGACCGCUCUGCAGUGAAUGGGUGCCAUCAGAAUGAGAGUCCAAACAGCUGAUAAAAACAUCACCAGUAAUCCACACCACUCCAGUCCAUCAGUUCACAUCUUGAGAAGACAAAAGAUGAAGCAAAUCUAUCAUUAAGACAUCCAUAAUCCAUAACAACACUUCCUCCAGUGAAUCAUCUAGUGCAUUUUUAUUUCUAAUAUAUACGUGUAUGAGGCAUUAAACUUACUUUUUGGUCAUAAACGUUGUUUAUUUGUAAUCAAUUUUAUGGAUAAAUCCAUUUUGAUGUGAAUGAAUAGUGGACAAACAUAGACCCUCCCUUCAUUUCAUCUGGUUAUUUUUGUUCUCAGUUUAUUAUCUUGAAGUACAUAAAUUAAUUUUAAUUGAACUUCGUUUCUGUUAUUAGCUAUGGUAAUAUUUGUAUUAUAAGAAUGUUUUGCAUGAUCUGAAUUGCUAUUGUACAUGUGCAAGAUUAGUGCUCAAUAAUAAUAAGAAAAGGAUGAUAAUAAUAAUCAGAAACACUGAGAUCUUUUAAAUACUGAGCUGUUCAAUAGUUUUAACACAUUUAAAGGCCAGAAAAUAUGAAUAUUACUGUUAUUUUUAUGUUCUCAUCUGUC